UACUGCUGGCUUCUUCUUCUUCAUCUGUGUCGUCGUCGUCGAUUCAGUCGUGUUUUUGGUGGUGUUCGACCUGGUCAUAAUUCAGGGCUCCAUGCUGAGCUUAAUCAUGGGACCCCUUCCUCCUGCUUCUGUGCUUUGUUGCUUAGUGUUGCUGAUUUUCUAGCGCCGUCGCAGGGUCCGUUUUGCCAUUGUCCUUACCUCAUGAGCUCUCGUUAUUUCCCUCGUGGGUCUUGGUAGCCUUGGUAGCUCAGCCCCCCCUCUGUGCCCAGUUGCGUUAAUCUGUCUCCUCCUGUGGAUUCCUCCAGGUAGGGCGAUCCUAUGGAUUCAUCGCUCCUCCUGGGCGCAGCAGGAGCGCCCGUGCUGGAACAAGUGUUGCAUCCUUGCCCUUCCCUCGUUCACCAGGCGCUACGGUUGCGUUCUUUUGUGCCAGGUGAGUUCGCCGACGAAGACGGCGACACUGCUACCCAAUUCAUCCUCGCGGACAAGCCUCCCCACUCUUUCUCUCCCUUUGCUUCGCGUCCCGAACCCGUCCUUCCCGUGCCCUUGCCGGAUUGGGAAUCCAAUUUUGUCGUUCUUUCCGACGAUGACGAUGACGAUGACUAUCCCUCUUUCGUUUGUGACCUUUGUCACCAGAGCGCCCCCUUAAAUUCGGUCUUCCUGCUUACUUGCCCCUGCUUGUUCUGUGUCCCCUGCUUGCGAGCGCACGCUGAGUCUGUGCUCGUGAAGAAAGCAACUCAAAUUGGUCUCAAAAAGGAUCCUCUCAAUGACGGUGCGUCGACGGAAAAGGUAGCAGGGUCGAGCAAGGGAUCGAUCACAAUCGACGAUUCAGCUGGACAACCGUUGGAAUCCAUUCCAUGCCCAAAGCCGGAGUGCAUUGGGCAGUUUUCUUUCUCAUCAGCACAGCAGCUGGCACCCGAAGCUUUCAGAAUGUGGGAGGACGCGGCAAUUGAUGCCUUUUUCAUGGAAAACGCUGCAUUCGUGAAAUGCCCUGGGUGCAAAGUUGUGUUUGAGAAAGUGAUGGGAGUUCUUCCACCUGGAGUGGCACUCACAGGAGUACCAGAGCUGGACAGGACAGCACCCUUUAUUGAACUCGAUAACGAAGGUCGGCGAUUAUCAAGGUCAGCCAUGUGCCAUAAGUCCACAAAUCGAUUUCGUUGUAGUAUGUGCACAACUGAUUUUUGCGGGGCUUGCAUGGAGUUCCCCUAUCACUUGGGAAGGAGCUGUGAGGAGGUAGCAGAAGAAAAAGUCGCAGCCAAGUGCUUGUUUUGCGAAGCCUCAUUGCGAGGUACUCGAAGUUGGUAUGAUGAGAAGGAUUUGAAUCUUAGGUCUGUGAAGGAACUUCAGAGUCAACUGGAAAGGGAGGAUGUUGAUGCCGCUUGGUGUGUUGAGAAAGGGGACCUUGUGGCUGUGCAUCGAUUUGUGGCCGGUAUUUGUGAAGCCAAAGAUUGUCGCAAACGUGCACGCUUUUCAUGCACUAGAACUUUGGAAUGUGGUCAUCAUUGUGGUGGUGUGCGAGGUGAACGAAUUUGUCUUCCUUGUUUAGAGGAGAAAUGCAAAAGCGCAUCUAAACAUUUGGGAAGGAAAUUCUUGCCUGCUGCGACUGAUUUGUGUGGCAUAUGCCUCACUGAGCCUCUUCAACGUGCACCCGCAAUACGAUUACAAUGUGGGCAUGUAGUGCAUUUGCAUUGCGCAAAACAGAAGCUUCUGCAGGGUUAUCCGGGUCCAGCAAUAAGCUUUGGCUACUUAAACUGUCCCCAGUGUCCAAGACUCAUGCAACACGCGAGCUUGGAUGCAGAUACGCGCAAGCAUCUGGAGUUGCUGAGGCUGGUGAGAGAGAAGGCCAUGAAGAGGUUGACUAUGGAAGGUUUAUUGAAGACUGCUGAAGAGCUCCAACCAGGUGGCAACUUUGUAGGAAGACCAUCUGAGUAUGCUCUGUACAUAUAUCAAUACUACAUGUGCUCCAAGUGCCGUGUUCCUUACUGUGGUGGCAAGCGUGAUUGCUUAAGAAUUGAAAGAGACGGGGAGAACGGAGCACAUAACCCAUUGGAUUUGAUUUGCGGCGGCUGCUCAGCUGCUGCAUGUGGGCAUGGUGUGUGCGCUAAAGGACACGGGAAGGAGUACAUAGAGUUUAAAUGCGCGUACUGUUGCUCUCCUGCCACAUACUUUUGCUUUGGACAGACUCAUUUUUGUGACAAUUGUCAUAACUCGAGGCCGGAUAUGGUUAGAAAUCUUGCAUUAUCACAGUGCCGGGGGCCUGAAUGGUGUCCUCUUCGGGUACCCCACUUACCGAAUGGGCAAGAAUGUUGCCUGGGGUGUUCUAUGUGCCGAUUCACUGGUCAAUGACACAUGUUUGUAACUAGACGUCCUUUGUACUCUUAGAACAAAACGCACUCAUUAUAGUCCAGAGAUGGGGGGUUUGAUAAUUUUGUUUCUAUAGUUCGAUAUCAUAGCAUCAGUUGGAAAAAGAGGCACCGUGUACAAUUAUGUGUUUCGCUCAUGUCCAAAUCUAGGCUUUUAUCAACACAACGAUGAUUCUAGGGAGCUUAUCUUACUUGGUCUGAA